AAACUAGAUCUAUGGACGACGCGCAGUAGUUAUAAUUAAAGCACAGAUUCAAUGUACGGAUAAGAGUUAUAAAAGUUGUAUGUGGUAUUAUAGCGUUGAACUGUUUUAAAUCUGUACUUUAAAUGUAACUGAAAUGGAAUUUUUUAGCAAAUGUGGUUCCUUCCGCGUUGAGUCAUUUGAGUUCUGGUAAGUCGAAUAUCUGAUAUUAGAUAUCGGAUAUCGAAUAAAGCGAAAAUUGUCGAAAUCAUGUCCACUGACUUAUCAAACAUAUACAUACAUGAAUUGAAUCUUACUGGAUGCAAAUUUCUGUAUCAGAAAGAAGAAAAAAUGGUUAAGUGAUAACAGUUUAUCCUAGAAGAUAAUCCUAUUUUUUUUGUAUGUCACAAUUCUAUGAACGCGCACCUAACUGAUAACUAGUUUUUUCUUUGUAUGUACUUUUUGUCCUUUUAAAAUGUUCUGUCGUCAUGGAGAAAGGUAUAAGCAGUUGUCAUGUACAUUCGAAAUCAUAUUUCUUUAUUUUAUUAAGGGAUAAAUGGAACAUUAUUGGUUUAUAAAUGUUGGGAUAUUGAAAACUUAUACUUAAUUUUGUGUAUAUUAGCUUGAGACGUUUACCGAUCGAUAUUUCUUUUCUGUGCAAUAAGAAAACUAAGACAAAUAAGUUGAUGAGGCAAAAUACGCGUCACUUAUAAAUUUGUACGUUUCCUUCUGAAUGUUCUAUAAAAUCGGUAAAAACUGUUCAAGAGCAAUCCAUAGCAUUUAUAUAUGCAUAUAUACGUAUACAUAUUUAAAUUGUUUCAUAAAAGAAAAACAACAAACACUGUUUGUGCUAUACAUCAGAUUUGUUAAUCAUUAAAAGUAAACUUUUGUAUGCAUAUUUUGUGAUCUAGUUUUGAUAUAUCUUUAUUUUUCCUGCUGAUAUAUUUUUUAUACGUAGGUGAACAACUUCGAAACCGGCUGGUGUCUGAUGCUGGACAUUGCUGUCCUUUGUCGUAAAUCAAUGCAUAAAUAAACAAAUUGUAAAAUACAAAUGUAUUGUUUGCAUGCACAUAUUAUCAAUGUCAAGCAUCAGAUACAAGAAUACGUUCUCUAAUUUCUGGUUAAACUGCGACAGAGAGGAAAGGCUACGUGAAAACAUCGGAAUUUUCAGAUUACAUCGCUAUCUUGUUUUACUCGUUAUUGUCAUGCGAGAAAAACAUAGGUGGUCAGAUUAAUCUAUCAUUUGUCACCAAAUAUCAGUCAAUUGACAAAAUGGUUCAUUGAACAGUCAUAUGGUUUCGAACAUAUAAAAAUGUUUAUUUACAUUGUGGCUAUAAUAUUUACGCCACUUAUUAUUUUUGGACUAGUGCACACCAGAUGCUUGGCUAACUGGAUAAGAUGGAAAGUUAGAAAUUCUCUGACCACAUGCAACAGAUUGACUCGUAGACCUCUGAUCGAAACGUUAACAAUCAACGAAAGUACUGAAAAUCUUUGUACACCCGAGAGAUCUUUUGAUAUAAUAGAGGAGAUAGCAGAUAAUACUGAAAGUCUGUCAAUGGCGCCAUUGCAAAGGUCCUUGUUUGAUAAUAAAGAGGGAUCAUCGGACACUUUACUAACUCCACGGUAUUCCUUUGAGGAUGUACUUCCAGAAGCCAGAGAAAAACAUUUUGAAUCGUCUGAAACACGAACAAGAAAGGAGAAUUUAUUUGAAUCUCUGAAAAAUACCAUCGAAAAGAGCACAAAUCCAUCCAACCGAUUAAAUACUACCCAAAUAUACAAUUUGAUUCUGAAAGAAACGCUUAAAGAAAACUUAGCUAGACAGAAAUUGUUGGAAACUGAGAGGAGAAAGAUUAACAAUGAAGCAACAUCGUUAAAAAUAACAGAACAGGCUGCUUCGUCAUCGGAGAAUAUGUCCGAACAGGACGGUGAAAGCAGGGAGAGUCUGCAGUCUGCAGAUAUCCAUCAUUUAAAUAAUGCAAUGUAAUAUCUCGAAUAAGAAAUAAAAUUUUAUUGUAUCGAUAACUGAAAAUCAUCUUCUGCCUAUUGUACAUAUUAAUGAACGAUCUAAUUGAAGAACAGUACCAAUAUCAAAAGAGACUAAUUAUUGCGAAAAUUAAAGAACACUUGGUUAUAUGUA